GUGUUUUCUGUUUGAUAAUAAGUAUAAAUAUCUAGUUUCGGCUUCAGUUAUUAGUCUAAGUGUACAUCGAAAGGCAUAAUGAUGAAGUUAAAUCUUUUCUUUCUGCUAGUAGCAACGCUGGUGAUAAGUUCUCAAUGUAAUCCGUUGAAGAUUGAAGCCUCUACUACACACAUUCCGUCACUAGUUGGCCUUGCUUCAAAUGACGGAUCUCAAGAAGUCGGUCCUAGUUUUGGAUCUCAUAAUAAUUCAGGGAUAAAUACAGUUUCUGGAAAUUCAACUGGAGAGGUUGCUAUCAUUGUUGACACUGUCCUCGAUGCUGUAUUUAAUGUCAUGGAUAUUCUAUCUCCCAAAGUAGCUAGCCGUGUUCCAAAUGAUGGACCUCAAGAAGUCGGUCCUAGUUUUGGAUCUCAUAAUACAUCAGGGGUAAAUAAAGUUUCUGGAAAUUCGACAGGAGAGGUUGCUCUUAUUGUUGAUACUGCCCUUGAUGGUAUGUUAUAUGUCAUGGAUGUUCUAUCUCCCAAAAGCACACCACCGAACAAAUCGGAUUGAAAUCUUGAGAGCCCAACACUCAUUAGACAGAAAUGGUAAUUUUUUCCACAAUGGCUAUACUGAAGAACCAUAGUACGGCAAAAACAACGUCAGAUUUAUAGUAUAUUUGCUAACUAUUUGAAAAAUUGAGAUCUUUCUGUCAACUUAAUUUUCAAUAAACAUUUUCAUAAAUAGAAA